AUGAGUCAGUUACCAGACAUAAGCGAAACAAUAACAGUUGCUGCUGCUUACUUUGUAUCCAAAAGGCAAGUUGAGUCUUUUUUUAGUAGCGCGUUUUUUAGUAGCGCGUCAAGCUCUCGGGUACUAAAGGAGGAGCUCAACGCGCUUCCACUUUUAAUCAGAUUAGGAGCCUUUAAUGUUCAUUUUCUCCUUCUUCUCCUACAGUAGCUGUGCAGGCAGGAGUGGCCAAAGCCAAAAGCAGCGAUUCAGAUCAGAUUUCACCUAAACCAGCUGGGAGAGACACCGAGAGAGAGAGAGAGAGAGAAAGAGAGAGAGGGUUUUGUCAGUCUCCCUCCUCCCAAAUCCAAGAGAAAAGCUUACCAAGGAAAAAAGGAGGCGCUGAGAGAGAGAGACGCAGAGAGGAAUCCAGAGGAAUUUCCGAGGAUAUUUUCUCUUCUUUUCCUUUUUCCCUCUUGAUAUUUAAAAAUUUAAAAAGUUGGAGCAGCAGGCUACCGUGGUCAAUGAUGGACGAGCAGCCUCGGUUGAUGCACUCCCACGGUGGUGUAGGAGUAGGAGGCAUGGCCGGACACCCAGCCGGCCUGGCGCAGCAUAUGCAGGAUGGCACGGUGGGGACGGACGGAGACGGAAGGAAGCAGGACAUCGGAGACAUAUUACAGCAAAUCAUGACCAUCACAGACCAAAGCUUGGACGAAGCACAGGCGAGGAAACAUGCACUGAACUGCCACAGAAUGAAACCUGCUCUCUUCAAUGUCUUGUGUGAAAUAAAGGAGAAAACAGUGCUCAGUAUCCGUGGUGCCCAGGAGGAGGAGCCCCCGGAUCCUCAGCUGAUGCGACUGGACAACAUGCUGCUGGCGGAGGGCGUGGCCGGGCCGGAGAAAGGCGGCGGGUCGGCAGCUGCAGCGGCCGCCGCGGCAGCCGUUGGCGGCGUCGGUGCCGACAACUCUGCAGAACACUCCGACUACCGGGCCAAGCUGUCUCAGAUCCGACAAAUUUACCACACGGAGCUGGAGAAAUAUGAACAGUUGGACAUCGUCUCGACUGGUGGUGGAUAUGGACAGAGGCAAAACUUAAAAAAAAAUGCGUGCAAUGAGUUCACCACCCAUGUGAUGAACCUGCUGAGGGAGCAGUCUCGCACACGACCCAUCUCGCCCAAAGAGAUCGAGCGCAUGGUCAGCAUCAUCCACCGCAAAUUCAGCUCCAUCCAGAUGCAGCUGAAACAGAGCACCUGCGAGGCCGUCAUGAUCCUGCGCUCGCGCUUCCUCGAUGCCAGACGAAAGAGGAGGAACUUCAACAAACAGGCGACAGAGAUCCUAAACGAGUACUUCUACUCCCACCUCAGUAACCCCUAUCCCAGCGAGGAGGCCAAAGAAGAGCUGGCCAAGAAAUGCAGCAUCACAGUGUCACAGGUAUCAAACUGGUUCGGGAACAAGAGAAUCCGAUACAAGAAAAACAUCGGCAAGUUCCAAGAAGAGGCCAACAUGUACGCAGCGAGGACCGCAGUCAGUGCAACCAGUGUGUCUGCUCAAGGCAGCCAGGCAAACUCCCCAUCAACUCCCAACUCAGCAGGUUCUGCUGGCUCUUUUAACAUGUCAAACUCCGGAGACUUGUUCAUGAGUGUGCAGUCCCUCAAUGGGGACUCGUACCAAGGGGGGCAGGUUGGGGCCAACAUACAAUCCCAGGUGGAUACCCUUCGCCAUGUUAUCAGCCAGACCGGAGGAUACAGUGACAGCCUCGCAGCCAGCCAGAUGUACAGUCCACAGGGCAUCAACACAAAUGGUGGCUGGCAAGAUGCUCCGACUCCUUCGUCAGUGACAUCGCCCACAGAAGGACCCGGAAGCGUUCAUUCGGAUACUUCCAACUGAAUAUAUCCAUCUCUACACCUCAUCUACAAAAACCAUGGACUGACCUUGCUAUUCACAGUAUUAAACAAAGGAGUUGACUGCCCCACAGUUUGGAGAGGUACUGUCAAAUCCUAACCAGAAUAAAAUAAGUAAUAUUUCCUCUGCUUAUAACGUUGGACAUUUGGGAUACAAACAAAAAGUUUCACAAUAAAAAUACCGCAAUCAAUGGAGACGUUUGUACAGAUUUCACAUUAUAUUCAGAGGGCUGGGGUUACUUAUUCACUCGUAAUGUUUUCACUCAUAAUGAUGAAAUGAUAUGAUAAAGUAAAUAAAUCAAAUCAUUGGUUUUAACUGAAAAUACUUCAUUCUACCUCUCAGCCACUAAAAAAAAAGUAGAAAAAAUAUGUCAGUGACCAUUAUUUGUUUUGUAAAAAUGAAACUUUUGUCUUUGCAAGCAAGAGGCACAUCUUCUUACUUACAUUUUGUUGUCUCACCUAUUCUAUGGUACGCCAUUUAGACUUAAAUAUUGCUCAGUUGUUUACAAUGUGUGCUUGAUAAAAGUAUGUUCAUCUUCCCCCUCUGUCUCCGACGAGUCAAAACAGAGUUCUGUCAGGAGAUUUUACCUCUAAGGUAACCCUGUGAAGUAUGUUAUCUGUAAAACAAUAAAUAAAUACUUGUCAUCAAAUCGGACAAGCUUGACAUCAUUCAUUAAGAUGGAGGAUAUAUCAACUUAAAAACGAAUUAUUUUUCACUCUGUUGGUUUUGGUUCUGCAGCAUAUUGGUAGAGUGACAGGAAUUUUGUCUUUUUCUGUGGAUCUAUGCUGGACAAGGAGAAAACUUUGAAAAAUUUACUUGAAUCCUUUAUGAUAUUUAGGGCUUGAGCACCGACAACAUCGGGCAGCAAAGGCCAUAUUGAAACUGAAGGAAUUAUCAUUAAAAUGAAUCGCAUUUUUGAGGGCCUUAUGGUGCUCAUAAAGUUGUUAAACUGUGCACACUUGUCAGACGUGGUGUAAAAUGUAUUAUUUUAAGAGUCCCGGGUUUGGGUGUUGCAAAAUUGCUCGCUAGCGUCCCCUACAAAUUUGGAAAAAUUGAGCCCCUCGUUCAGGUUUCACCUACAUGUAUGAAAUUUUGUAGGCACAUGUAACAUGUGGAGAUGCACAAAAAAGCCUCUUGGAGGUAUGCCCAAAACCCAACAGGAAGUCAGCCAUUUUGAAUUCAAUGUGCCAUUUUUGCCCAUUUUUGCCCAUUUUUGCCCAUUUUUUGGCGUUUUACAGGCCGUGUACGUUAACAAACUCCUCCUACAGAUUUAAUCAGAUCGACUUCAAAUCUGGUCAGGGCCAUCUAAAGACCAUAAAGAUAAAAAAUGAUCAAACGUUUGCGUUUUCAUGCGCUAUUGGGGGUGUGGCGUGGUGGCGAAAAUGCGCCUUUUGCCAUAAAAAAGGACAUUAUUGGAUGUACUUUGUCAAAUUCGCUUCAAAUUUCUCAGCCGUGAUGACGGUACAGGCCUGAGGUCGUUUACAUACCAGUAUUGACUCAUAGCCCCGCCCCCUACACGUUAGCCCCGCCCCUUAUAUAACUCAUGAACCGUUUGUCGUAGACUCUUGUGGGAGGUGUCAUUGCACUCAGUAGAGUUCCUGUUUUAUUGUGCCUGGCUGCGACGACCAGCGUCCCGCCAGUACCCCCGACGGGCGUGAAUGUGCGAGGGCCAGUUCAUCGCUGCUUGCAGAUUUAAUUCUUAUUUUCCCACCACCACCACUACAGAAGAAAAGUUUUUGACGAUACCAAAAUGCUGAUGUAACCAAAACAAAACUGUCAAGAAAAGUGUGUCAUCAAGUAGUCAGUUAUAAUAUAUUCUUUCAUUAAAUAUAUACCGCAUUAUGUCUUUUUCUUCUCAUUUAAAUCUCCGUCUUCUGUCAUUUAGCUCUGGUGCUACAAUCAAGUGAAUAAACACUGUCCCAUUGAGAGAAACACGAGAAGAAAUAUCACUUUCCAUGGAAGAGAAAGUUUGUCAAGAACGUCUGUAACCGAGUUUGUUUUUCAAUACAUGAACCACAAUCCACUUAAACAGGGAAGUCAUUAUGUUAAUAGAGUUUUACGGUGGAUCUCCUGAAUCUACAGCGCAGGUCCAGAAAUGCUUCAGCAUGGAGCCGCUGAUCAUCGACAUGAAAGAAGCAUCUGGAUUUACCUGAACUGCUGCUUCUCCUUCUAACGAGGACACUUUGAUGUAAAGAUAAUGUUACGUUCCUCAUUUUAAUGAAUGGUGUCCUCUUCUGGGCGUUUAUUUACAUAUAAAGCAUUCAAGUCAAUAUAUUACUCUGCUGGUACUACUGCUUUAGUAAGCCUAGAAUUGACACCAAAACAAAUGUAGACAUUUGAAUUCAUGCUUGUCUCAGUAUUAUCAAACUGAUUUUUUUUUUCAGUAUCAAACAUUUAUGAACAUUGUAAAUGUUACCCCAUUAAGCACUAAAGAAGGGACGUCAUUAUGUCAAAUAAUGUGUUUUCUGAGCAGUCUAACCUUGUUUAUAGACACUUUUUAUGUUGUGUGGCCUAUUUGUUAUUUUGUUAUUUUUUUAUGGUGCUUAAUGUAGGCUAUUACUUUUUUUUUUUUUUUUGCUUUCCUACUCUCGUGAAUUAGCUCAUGAACUUUCAACAUGUGUUUAUGUGCACCGUUGUGCUUGACUUGCUUUGUUGGAAAGGGUUUUCAACACAUUAAAAAUGAUAUGUAAUACAGCGAGA